UUCUAAGUCGCUUCAAGUCGAGGGUGGCGCCGAUGUCCGCCGACGAGGGUUAACAGGCGGUUUCGGAGCGCGGGAAGCGAGUCCCUCAUCAUCACCACCAUCAUCACCAUCACCUCAGAAUCGUCGGGUUGCCUUCAGUCUUAGAACGCCCCUCGGUAUUGUGACAGGGACAGUUCCCCCGCGGAGAAUAUGGCGAGUGUCAGAAAUGGAAUCGCAGGCAGUGGCGGCGGCGGCGAGGAGGAAAGUUUUGAAGAUGCCUUUGAACACAUCCCAGUGGCUGCAAAAAUGGAUCUUAAAUGUGCUUUGGAAGAGUGUUCAAUGGCAUUAAAUUUAUUUCUUAACAAUAAAUUUUCAGAAGCACUGGAAUUACUUCGUCCAUGGUCUAAAGAUAGCAUGUACCAUGCCCUAGGUUAUAGCGCUAUAUUAGUUAUUCAAGCAGCAAUGACAUUUGAACAACAGGAUAUCCAAAUGGGACUGUGUACAAUGAAAGAAGCUUUACAAACUUGUCAAAAGUUUAGAAAAAGAAACACAGUGGUGGAAUCAUUAUCCAGUUUGGUUUCAAAACAGUCUGUAGAUCAGCUGAGUGAAGAGGAAAUGCAUGCAGAACUCUGUUACGCUGAAUGUUUACUACAGAAAGCAGCCUUGACAUUUAUACAGGAUGAAAAUAUGAUCAAUUUCAUCAAAGGUGGCUUGAAAAUCAGAACAAGUUAUCAAAUAUAUAAGGAAUGCCUUCAGGUUCUACAGAUGACCCAAAGCAGCAAAAUCAGGAAUGAAAUAUUCCACCAGUUUGAAGGGGGUGUACAACUAGGAAUAGGAGCUUUCAAUCUGAUGCUGUCCCUUUUACCAGGAAGAAUUCUCCGACUUCUUGAAUUUAUUGGGUUUUCAGGCAAUAGGGAAAUUGGACUUCAUCAGUUACGGGAAGGAGCUUCUGGUUCCAGUUUACGAGCAAUACUGUGUACUUUUACCUUGUUGCUAUAUCACACCUUUGUUUCAUUAAUCCUUGGAACAGGGGAAGCCAAUCUCCUUGAAGCAGAGACUCUCCUUCAACCUUAUCUUCAGAAGUUCCCAAAGGGUGCCCUCAUUCUGUUUUACGAUGCCAGAAUCAACAUAUUGAAAGGAAAUUUUGAAAAGGCUGAGGUAACAUUCCAGGACUGCAUUGCAGCUCAGCAAGAAUGGAAACAGAUCCAUCAUCUCUGCUACUGGGAACUGAUGUGGUGUUACUCCUUCCAGCAGAACUGGCUUCAAGCAUAUCGGUAUGCAGAUCUGCUUUGCAAAGAAAGCAGGUGGUCAAAGGCAAUAUAUGUGUUCCAGAAAGCUGCUAUUUUGUGUAUGCUUCCUGAUGCUGAUGUGAAAACAACAGGAGAAGAUAUUGUAGCUUUGUUUCGGCAAGUAGAAGGCCUAAAACAAAGAAUUGCAGGAAAAUCUAUCCCAACUGAAAAGUUUGCUGUGAGAAAAGCACGACGCUAUGGGACCUCUCCUCCUGUGAAACUAAUAGUGCCUGCUCUGGAAAUGAUGUAUGUCUGGAGUGGGUUUUCAGUUCUUGGAAAGAGAGCUGACUUCACUGAAAAUAUGUUAAUAACUAUUGAAAAAGAAGAAACUCUUUUAAAAAAUGAAACCCAUCACAAUGAAUAUUACAUGGAUGAUGUAUGUUUGCUACAACUACUAAAAGGACUGUGUUUGAAGCAUUUAGGAAGACUCUUGCAAGCAGAACUCUGUUUCAGCCAAGUUAUUCAAAGUGAGAAACAAUUAAAGUAUGAUACUUACUUAGCUCCAUAUUCAACAUACGAGUUGGGUCUUCUAUAUAAAGAACAGAAUGAAAGAGAAAAAGCUGUAAGAUUUAUAGAAACUGCAAAAAAUAAUUACAAGGAAUAUUCCAUGGAAUCCAGAUUACAUUUCAGAAUCCAUGCAGCACUUAGCAGUAUGAAAGUGACUCCUGCUCCAACACCAUGAUGCCUUCUGAAGUUGAUGCCUAACAUGUCUGUACAAGUUAAUGUUUGAAAGCCUACAAAAAUCAUGUAAAUGAUGUAACAAAAAAUGUAGUUUAUAUUUUCUAUCAUUUGUGAUAAUUGAAUGUCUGCCUAAUCAUUGUGAAUGUUUUUUUUCUAUUUCUUCACUUCCAUAUUUCUGCUUAACCUUUUAGAGGAAACCUAUUUUAUUUAUAGAAAGAUCAAUGCUUGAAACAGUAGGGAAUAUUAAAAAUUGCUGGUACAAUAAAGAGUAAUUCAAACGAUUUAUUUUUUUAUGGAAAUAAUAAUAUUGUUUAUGCAUGAAACUCUACGGUACAUUUGAUAAUAGUUUCAGCAUUGCAUAAAGGCUUGUAUUUCUGCAGUACGUUUAUUAUGUAAUAGGAUUUAAAAAAUUGGCUGCUGGUAGCCCUAGAUGCUGUAUCUGGAUUUGAAGCUUAGUUUUACAUACCAAAGACCAAAUUACCAUACUGUAGUCAAAAUAAUGCUUCAAGUCAUUUCAUGAAUGUUAGCUUGCAUUCAGUGCAAUAUCCUGACCCAAUCUCUAAAGACAGGUAGGAAAGGGUUAGACUCUUGGAUAACCUAAGAGUAUUUUUAAAGUAUAGGAAGAAAAUAUUUCUCAGUGAAAAGGUUUAUAGUAAAGCAAAAACCAAAUAAUAGAAAUGUUUCAGUUUUUUGUUCCAUUAUAUCUGUUUAAUUCAGCAACCUUACAGGGAAUUCAUUAUAAAAAUAUGCAGCUAAUGUUCUGAAGAUUCUUAUGGCCCCUCAUUAAUAACACUGGAGGUCAGCAGGUUUGAUUCUAUUUUCUUCCAUAUAUGGUAGCAAAAUUCUCAAAUUCCAAUUUCAUAUUAUUUAUGGAAUUGGUAUCCAUAAUGUUUGUUUAGCAUAUUAUCUUGAUCAGAUUUU